AUGUCCACUCCCGAGGAGUCCCCCGCCCAGCGCGCCGCACGCCUGCGACGUGAACGCCGUGAGGCCAAAAUCAAAGAAGGAGGUUCAGCCCGCCUAGACAAGAUUACCAGUCUCAGUGGCCGGACUCCGCAGUCAGAGCGCGAAGAAGCUUCACCAUCUCCUCAGCUUGCGGUCUCGCCAUCCCCGUCUCCCGUACCACAGAGCCGUCCAGUGCCAGCUCCUCAACCAGAUACGCCGCUCGCAGAAUCUCUCCAAGCCCAACAGGAAGCUUUCCGUGCCAUGUUGCGCCAGGUGGCCCCAGAUCAAGGACAACAGAAUGAUGUGGAGGACCCAACACUGAAGCUGCUGGAGAAUCUCCUGGGUGCCAUGCCUGGUGAUGCCAAUGCACCCCCACCCGGUUUUUCAGGUGCUCCAGGUGCUCCGGGUGCUCCGGACGCCGCCGGCGCUAUGCCUGGCCAGUCGGCGCCAGGACUCUCCCCUGCUGCCAUCGCAUCCGCACUCGGCGUGCCGCCAUUCCUCGCCAACAUGCUGGGCGGAGCAUCUCAACAGCCGACCGAGAAUGAACAGAAGACUCUUCGGAUAUGGAAGGGCCUACAUGCAGUUUUCGCGCUUGGGGUGGCCAUCUAUCUACUGUUCAUUAUUGGGACGUCGGUUGCGACCUUCGGUAGCCCACCACCCAAGCCUGCUACGGCACAAAACCCGUUUUUGAUCUUUGUUACUGGCGAGAUGGUCCUUACUGGCGGGCGAGUCCUGUUCGGUGGAAAACAAGCGGGGCUUGGGAUGGUGGUGCAGCUAUUCAGGGACAUUGUUCGAGAUGGAAGUCUCGUGCUGUUUGCGCUUGGUCUGGGUGCUUGGUAUAACCGCGAGUGGCAGAAUGUUGCUUAG